UUGAACGACAGUCGUUCACUACUUGGUCCUUGUUCACUCACGUGUGAUUGAUAAAAAUAACCUCAAAAGAUCAAACCAUUGGCUUGGCUUCAUUCUUUGAUAACAACUAACAAUUUGCAAUAUAUAUGUUUUAUUUGUAACUUAUACGUGAAUGUAAUUAAAAUAGGUGCACUUUAGUGACCCUUUACGUUGUGUUUCUUUUUUUAUAUAAAAGUAAAAACUGUGUUGAUGGAAAGAAGACUGACAAAAAAUGUUGUUUUGUCCAACCUGUGCAAACAUUCUCAUGGUUGAGGAAGCUCCCGAAUCUGGAUUACGAUACGGUUGUAACACGUGUCCUUACGUUUACAAUAUCAAGAGGAAGGUAUCUUCGCGUACUUUCCCGAAACUGAAGGAAUUGGAUUAUAUUAUGGGCGGAGCUGCCGCCUGGGAGAACGUGGACUCAACGGAUGCUACCUGCCCUAAGUGUAGCCACGGCAAGGCAUACUUCAUGCAGCUUCAAACCCGGUCUGCAGACGAACCCAUGACCACAUUUUAUCGUUGUUGCAACCACAAGUGUGCACAUAACUGGAGAGAUUAA